CCGCGCCUCUAUGGCGGGGUCGGGCCGUGCGGGCGCGGGGCGGCAUGAGCGCGGGAGGGGGCGGCGGCGGCCGGGGCUCGGGGGUCGCGGCGCGCUCCCGGGACGGCAGUCCUGGCGGGGACGGCUUUGCCCCGUCGGCGCUGGGGACCCGAGAGCACUGGGAUUCUGUGUAUGAGCGAGAACUAGAGACCUUCCAAGAGUAUGGAGACUGUGGAGAAAUCUGGUUUGGAGAAGAGAGUAUGCAUCGACUAAUAAGGUGGAUGCAGAAAGCCAAGAUUCCGCUGGACGCUGCAGUGCUUGAUAUUGGAACUGGAAACGGUGUUUUCCUGGUGGAACUUGCAAAAUGUGGUUUCUCUAAUAUUACUGGAAUUGAUUACUCUCCGUCUGCAAUACGGCUCUCGGGACGUGUCAUAGAGAAGGAAGGUUUAGCGAACAUCACAUUGAAGGUGGAAGACUUUCUGAAUCUUCCCACACACCUGUCCGGAUUCCACGUGUGUAUCGACAAAGGGACUUUCGACGCCAUCAGCCUCAGCCCCGACGAUGCGGCGGCGAAGAGGCAGCAGUACGUGAGGGCGCUGGCCCGGGCGCUGGCCGGGAGGGGCUACUUCCUCAUCACCUCCUGCAACUGGACCCGGGAGGAGCUGCUGCAGGAAUUCGGCGAAGGGUUUGAGCUUUGUGAAGAGCUGCCGACGCCCAAGUUCAGUUUUGGAGGCGGCUGCGGGAGCAGCGUUACGGCCCUGGUGUUCCAGAAGACGUGACGAGCCCACGGCCGAGCGCCAGCGUGGCACGGCCAGGUGCCCCAAGCCCUAGUGAGUCCAGGAGACACCUGUCGCAUCGGGCGAGGGCUGAGGGCUUGGGUUAAAACACAGACCCAGCAGUAACGGGCGUCUGACGGAGUGGGCUUUAGAGGUCAGCCGUAAUAAUUUACAUUUCCUUUGUAUUUAAAGUGUAUUUUUCAUUUUCUUUUUUUAAACAAUGUCUCGUAACUGUUGAGCGUUUGGAAGGCUGGGAACGGGCGGCCGGCGAGCCACACCUCGUGUCCUUGCGCCUCCGGGGGUGAGCGCGGCUGUGGGUGCAGCUUCAGCUCGACCUCGUCAGGGCCGAGUAAGGGUUAGAGUUCAUGAGUUGUGGAACGUACAAUAUCGUUUCCGGUUGAAUGGUGACAAUUAAAAAUGUUUUUAUA